UCUUGCCUGGCAGUACCACCCCGAGACAAGAUCCUCCAGAGCCCAAGAGAGGCAUCCUGUGCCCAGGUCCUGUCUAUCUGUUGACUUUCUGCCUUCAAGAUCCAGAGCCUGAAGACAGCCCAGGAGCUUCAGCUAUGGCUGCCUUCAUUAUAUUGUCCCUAUUUAGUCUCCUGGUGACAGGCAUGGGUGAAGGUGGAACUGUGAGUGAUAAAGGGAAUGAGAGGGAAUGUAGCCUGUGUCCCCAGUGCCCCUGCGUAUUCCACAGGGCCCAGCCCUGGACACAUCCUGGCCAGAGCCAGCUAUUUGCAGACCUGAGCCGAGAGGAGCUGACAGCUGUGAUGAGCUUUCUGAUCCAGCAGCUCGGGCCAGAGCUGGUGGAUGCAGCCCAGGCCCAGCCCUCGGACAAUUGUGUCUUCUCAGUGGAGCUGCAGCUGCCCCCAAAGGCUGCAGCCCUGGCCUACCUGGACAGGGGGAGCCCCCCACCGGCCCGGGAGGCACUGGCCAUCAUCUUCUUUGGUGGACAACCCCAGCCCAACGUGACUGAGCUGGUAGUGGGACCACUGCCUCACCCCUCCUAUAUGCGGGAUGUGACCGUGGAGCGUCAUGGAGGCCCCCUGCCCUAUCACCGACGCCCUGUGCUGGCCCAAGAGUAUAUGGACAUAGACCAGAUGAUCUUCGACAAAGAGCUGCCCCAGGCUGCUGGUCUCCUCCACCACUGUUGCUUCUACAAACCGCAAGGAAGGAACCUGGUGACAAUGAACACAGCCCCCCGUGGUCUGCAAUCGGGAGACCGGGCCACCUGGUUUGGCCUCUACUACAACAUCUCAGGGGCUGGGUUUUUCCUGCACCCCAUAGGCUUGGAGCUGCUGGUAGACCACAAGGCCCUGGACCCCGCCCGCUGGACCAUCCAGAAGGUGUUCUAUCAAGGCCGCUACUAUGAGAGCCUGUCCCAGCUGGAGGAGCAGUUUGAGGCCGGCCUGGUGAAUGUGGUAUUGAUCCCAGACAAUGGCACAGGUGGGGCCUGGUCCCUGAAGUCCCAGGUGCCACCACGUCAGGCUCCCCCUCUGCAGUUCCAUCCCCAGGGCCCACGCUUCAGUGUCCAGGGGAGUCGAGUAAACUCUUCACUGUGGACUUUCUCCUUUGGUCUUGGAGCUUUUAGUGGCCCAAGGAUUUUUGACGUUCGUUUCCAAGGAGAACGGCUGGCUUAUGAGAUCAGCCUCCAAGAAGCCUUGGCCGUCUAUGGGGGCAAUUCCCCUUCUUCUCUGCGAAGCCAGUACACAGAUGGUGGCUUUGGCUUGGGCCACUUCUCUACACCCCUGACCCGUGGGGUGGACUGCCCCUACCUGGCCACUUAUGUGGACUGGCACUUCCUUUUUGAGUCCCAGACCCCCAAGACAAUUCGUGAUGCCUUUUGUGUGUUUGAACACAACCAGGGCCUUCCCCUGCGGAGACAUCACUCAGAUUUCCAGUCUCACUAUUUUGGGGGCCUUUCAGAGACAGUGCUAGUCGUCAGAUCUGUGUCCACUAUGCUCAACUAUGACUAUGUGUGGGACAUGGUCUUCCACCCCAAUGGGGCCAUAGAAGUCAAAUUCCACGCAACAGGCUAUAUCAGCUCAGCGUUCCUCUUUGGUGCUGCCAGGAGGUACGGGAACCAAGUAGGGGAGCACACGCUGGGCACGGUACACACGCACAGUGCCCACUUCAAGGUUGAUCUGGACGUAGCAGGACUGAAGAACUGGGUCUGGGCCGAGGACAUGGCCUUUGUUCCCACGGCUGUGCCUUGGAGCCCCAAGCACCAGAUACAGAAGCUUCAGGUGACCCGGAAGCAGCUGCAGACCGAGGAGGAGGCAGCCUUCCCCCUGGGAGGGGCCACCCCUCGCUACCUGUACCUGGCCAGCAACCACAGCAACAAGUGGGGUCACCCACGGGGCUACCGCAUCCAGGUGCUCAGCUUUGCCGGAGAACCAAUGCCCCAGAACAGCUCCAUGGAGAGAGCCCUCAGCUGGGGGAGGUAUCAGCUGGCCGUGACCCAGCGGAAGGAGGAGGAACCCAGUAGCACCAGCAUCUACAAUUUGAAUGACCCUUGGACACCCACUGUGGACUUCACUAACUUCAUUGACAAUGACACUAUUGCAGGGCAGGACUUGGUGGCCUGGGUGACAGCUGGAUUUCUGCACAUCCCACAUGCAGAGGACAUUCCCAACACAGUGACUGUGGGCAACGGUGUGGGCUUCUUCCUCCGACCCUACAACUUCUUUGACGAGGACCCCUCCUUCUACUCUGCUGACUCCAUCUACUUCCAAGGGGACCAGGAUGCUGGGGCCUGUGAGGUCAACCCCCUGGCUUGCCUACCCCAGACUGCUGCCUGUGCCCCCAACCUCCCUGCCUUCUCCCAUGGGGGCUUCUCUCACAGCUAGGUGGUCCCUGGGCUGGGGAAUCUGCCCAAGGGCUCCAGGGUAGGCUAAGGGGGUGGGAUCAACUGGGCACAGGGUGGGCAACCUGGUUACCUUUUCUUCUUCCUCCCACCACUGAUGUCUGUUCAUCUUCUGGUCCCCAAAAGUCCCCUCUCUUCCAUUGCCCUCCCUCCCUUGCACCCUCCUUGGGACCAAAAGCAUCCUGAGCCUGUGAUGCCUGACGCUGGGGGACUCAGUUUGUUGCUCCCAGCUGUGUUGGGUCCCAUCCCAGAGAGGCAAGGAUGCCCCAGUCCAGGAGCCUGGGGUGAUGACCAGGCUUUUCCCCAGAUGACUCCCAUUUUUUUCUACCAAUUUAUUUAAAAAAUAAGACAAAGUUUAUGUACCAUAAAAUGUACCUUUUAAAGUGUACACUCUAAUGGUUUUAGUAUACAGGUAUUUACCAAGUUAUGCAAUCAUUGCCAUUAAUUCCAGAACAUUUUUAUCAUCCCAGAAAGAAACUCUGUAUCUGCAAUCACAACCCAUUUCCCCCUAAACCCUCUGCAACUCCAGGCCUCUAUGUUCUAUCACAGUGGAUAUGCCUAUAUUUUGGAUAUUUCAUAUAAAUAAAUUCAUACAACAUGUGA